AUGGAGUUAUCCGAUGUAGACUGGCUUGUUAUGAGAGCCAGAAGUUUCCCAAAAAAUGAUCCAUAUUCGGCAAAAGCCUGGCUUAUCACUGCAAAAUCGUUAUAUCCUCAGUCUUUUGUCAUACAGUUUGAAUCAUAUUUAGUGGAGAAAACAGCUAAAAAUGUGGAUGAAGCUGCUAGAAACCUCCAAGACAUGCUUCAAAAUUUCCCCCAUGAGCCCGUGCUUUGGUCCGAAGUUCACAGCAUCUUGGAGUCCCUGCAGAAAGAACCACAAGAUCAGAAGGUUUCAUUCCUAACAGACUUAUUUGCUGCCAUCCCAACAUCUACCCAAUGUCUGAUGGUGCUGCAUGUGUCCGAGUCCAUCCCUGAUGUAUUAGACCGAUGUCAGCUUCUACUGCUGGCCAUGAAAAAGUUCCCUAACCUUGUUCAAGAGCAUGGGUUAAAGCUUGUAGAAAUGUUGCUUAAAGAGGAAACAAAAUCUGGCAUCGUUAACAAUCCAGUUAACUGUUACAGGAAACUCCUUGUCUGUGAUGUCAUGCCAAUGGUGUUGCACAAGGGAGGUCACCUGGAGUUCAACAUGUUCCACUUGCUACAGAAAGCUAUUGAGUUCCACCUCAGUUAUGUGUCCCAGCCAAACACGCAUGACCACACCACUGAUACAGAAAGCACCAAAUUAAGCCUGAAGAUUGGCCGUGUGGGUGGUGGGUUUCCGGAGAUGGAUCUCCAGGUGGCAGAUCCUUGGGGAAAUCUCUUCAGACUACUCAUUUUGAUUGGACAACGGCUGAACUGGGACAUGGAGCGUGAUCUGGUGAUGAAAAACAAAGAGUACCAGAUCCAGGCCCUGCAGCAUCAGCUGAUGAGAGCCAAGGUGACAGGGGCGGAGAUCAACAACAAACAGAUCCUCCAUACAGCUAUGGUGCUCUUUGUUUAUUCCAUGGUUAACUAUGUCAGCUUUAUUGGCACUGACUCGUCAUCAACAGGCAAGUCCAUUGAUUUAACCACAAAUCACCCAGUACCUUCUGUACCUGUUGUUCUACUGGAGGUUUUCAACUGCUCCAGGGCUGGCGCAUCUGUUCCUUCACGGUCAAAGAAACAAAAACUAGACGUCUCAGCUCCAACAAUACAUUGUUCCAGUGGGAUUGCCUCCCCUACAGCCAUGCUCCAGGCAUUCGAGUUGGCUGUCAAAUGUUUUGAGAUUCUCAAUUCUACAGAAGAGAUGAAGUUUGAAUUCUACCACCUGUGUCAGAACUGGCGGAAGGAGACCCAGUCUAUGCUGAGUUACUUUCAGACUGACAUGUGUAUAUAUCAGGGAAAUUAUCAGGAUGCAGUCAUGCAUUUGCAGAGUCUGACUGUGCCUAGUAACAGUAAAAUGAAGGUGAGGAAUUCACUACAAAUGGCCAGCUGCUACUUUGGACUGAAACAGUUUGCGAAAGCUUGUGAACAAGUAUUAGAUCUUGUAGACACAAUACCAUCCAGUGGUCCCAUGUCCUCGACCCUGAGUGCAGACGACAGUACAGAAGAGAAAGGUGAAACCAAAUCUGGACGCAGACUGUUGAUGCUGCAGUGUUUGGAUGGGGAAGUUCUGCCAUUUUGUCUACAUUUCCUGAUCGCCGGUUUGAAAGAGAAACUGGCCUCUCCACAGAGAACCGACUCAACCUUGGCACACCUCAUCAUUUUAUUGCAGCACGACUGGCCGAAACAUGAGUCCACGUUUUCUGAAGUGAUUUCCAUCAUACAGAUGCAUGGCAGCUUUACGUACAAUACUUUUUUCUCAUAUGUUCAUCAAGUGGACAUCCUGGAAGAGUUUGCAUUUCUGGACACCCCCGAGGGAGGAAAGGUUAAUCUAGAUAUCAUGCCAAUCAGCACAAAAGCUCUAGCCCAACAGAGGACAGUCACCAGAGGCGUCAACAAGGGUGUCAAAGAAGACUUCAGAGCUACUCUAGAAAAGCAAGUCAGCAGUGCUGCAGAACCAGCCGAUGUCCUCAUACGAAGAUUUCUCAAAGAAGAGAGAGAAGAGAUUCUCAAAAAUUUUGUUUAA